AUGGCUCAGCCCGCGACUCCCGUUGGCAGUACAUCUGGUAGUGCUCCGCUGCUACCGGCUUCACAGACGUCUGCACCCACCUGGACCGGCUUUACCGGCCCUUCUCGAACUGCAUCAUCUACAUCUGCACAAGCAAACGCCUACCUCAUGCCUGCCAGCCCUGCUAAGAGUCGGCGCCACAGCUCUGAAGGUCAUCGUCCGAAGAUGUCCAAGGCAACAGGAUCUAAGCCCGCUUGUCUUGUCAAUGCUUCUGUUACCUACUGUGGUAACAAUCAGAUCUAUGCCUUUGGUGGCUUUGAUCAAUUCACGGACGAGGUCUAUAAUCAUGUCCUGAAACUGGACUUGUACACGUUGAACUGGUCGCUGGUGGACAACUAUGGUGAUAUUCCAGGUGUACGAAUGGGCCACUCAGCAUCAUUGUACCAAGGACACAAGUUGCUGGUUUAUGGCGGCGAGAAUGAACAUCGAGAAUACCUCUCGGAUGUGGUGAUACUGGAUCUCAAAACCAUGUAUUGGACACAGCCAGACGUUCAAGGACCGCACCCGCGGGGCCGAGCGAGACACGCUUCGGUGGUGUACGAGGAUAAGUUGUUCAUCAUUGGUGGGUUGACAGGUGAAACCAACUACAUUCUGGACGACAUCUGCUAUCUAGAUCUUAAAACCUGGACUUGGUCUCGAACAUGGAGCUUUGCUGGUCGCUUCGAUCACUCAGCCUGGAUCUGGGGAGGCAGAUUAUGGAUUUUUGGGGGACUGGGACCUGAAAUGGAGCGGUCAACUGAAAUAUGGUGGCUGGACUUGAAAGGAAGUCCAUCUCUCGGCAUGCCAUCAAUGGACGGAUUUUCGGACCCAAAUGGCUUAGGACGAUCCAUAUCUGGAUCGAUGCCUUCCAAUGGAACGACUUCGAACUUCAAUCCAAUCACCAAUGCAUAUACAGCCAACUCUGGUAGCGUUCAUGUGCGAUCAUCCAGGAAGGACAGACCGAAUGCCCCGGGAGCAAUUUCAUCUCUCAAAUUCUUGUCUGGUCCCCAUGUUCCGCCUCAAUCAUCUGGCACCCAUUUCCAUGUCUACUCUUCUGGUACCCUUCUCGACUUUGUCACACCCGCAGCAACUAUUAGAUCGACGGAAUGCAAUCUUUCCUCGCUCGAACUCGACUCCUUGCGCUGGCAAAAGCUCGUUGAAGGCCCCGAGCUCUUUCAACCGGGAUACAGAUGGCAUUAUUGCACCAUCAAUGAAGAUGGCACAAAAGCCUGGCUCCUGGGCUCUCAAAUCGACACCAGUACCAGUAGUGGCCAAGAAGCCCAACUCAGCGAAGUUCUUGCUGUAGAUCUGCGCAAGUACGGACUUCUCGGCAACGAUCUAGUCUACCAAUCAAACUCGGAACAACGACGCAUCCUGGCCUCCGAGCGCGAAACCUCCAUCUCACAAGGUCUCGGCACCGACCUGGCCUCCAUGUUCGACAUACCGCCCGACUCCGGCAGCAUGACCGACUUUACCAUUACCGCCAACGCGGACGAUAGUGAUAUCUGCUCCGGUAGCAGUACGCUCAACUCUCCCACCGAACCCGCCGAGACACGCUUCUCCAUCGGAUCCACCGCCUCCGCCCCACUCUAUCUCUCAUCGAACACAUCCACCUCGCCACCCAUCCACGUCCAUAAAAUGAUCCUCCAGGCCCGCUGGCCGCAUUUCAAACGUCUCUACGCCGCCAAGAUGGCCGAAUUCCACAACCAGAAACUGCACAUCCCAGAACCAUAUUCCGUCGUUCGAGCUUUUCUCUACUACCUCUACACCGACUCCAUCGCGCCACACAGUGUCUACUGUCAGGAUCUGACUGAUGUGGCGGGUAUGCUCGUCAUGGCGAACCUGUAUGAUAUGCCGAAACUACGACUGCUGUGUGUGCAUCGCUUGAGCAGGGAGUUGGAUGUUGAGCACGCGGCUAUUGUGUGGGAGAGGGCAGGCCGGACGAAUGAGGAGUGGUUGAAGCACCGUGCGGCGCGGUUUUGUCUGUCCAACUGGGGGAGGGUGGUUAGGACGGAGGGGUUCAGGGGGUUGAGUCGUGGCAGUUUGAUGGAGCUUUGUGAGGUGGUGGAUAUGGAGGGUCGGGUUGUGAAUGGAGAGGAGUUGGAGGCCGUGGUUGGGAAUGUGGGUUGGUGUGCUGAUGGUGGUAGUUUCGCAGUUGGAGGGUUGGGCAGGGAUGGAGUUGGAAAUGGGAGGUCAAGGGCUCGAGCGAGGGGGAGGAGGAUGAGUGAUAUUGAUGAUGGGGAGGAAGGGGAUGAGGAUGGCAUGGAGAUCUCUUGA